AUGGCGAUCUCAUCGCCCGCAGCGUUUGCCUCGUGGAGCGAAGCUUGGAUAGCAGAGUCCCUGGAUGUGGAGGAGUCGACGCUUUCACAGCUCGCCCGCGCCGUGCGUUAUGGCGAGGAGCAGCUGGACCCCAAUGCAUCCGAGUCGGCUGUGUGGAACUCCUCCCCACCUAAAGCGGGCGUCCAACCCAGCGUUGCCCACUCUCAGGAGGCCCUGCCUGGGAGCAGAGGCCCCUCGCCCCCGUGCCCCGAUGUGAGCUCAUGGGGAGCAGAGAGUGUGCAGGUCCUGCUGCAAGAACGCACGAUCGAGCUGGAGCUGGAGCGGGCGAGGCGCCAGGCGCUGCAGCAGGCCCUGCUGGAGGCCGAGGAAAGGGCCAGGCUCCUGGCCCAGGAUCGGGAGCAGUUGGCGGACAGGCACCGCGCCGAGCUGGAGGACCUGGCAGCGGCCUGCGACGCCGAGCUGGCCGAGGCGCGCGGUCUCCAUCGCCGGGAGGUCGCUGAGCUGGCGGCGGCGUAUGAGGCCCAGCUGGAGGGGACCCAGGACCAGGUCGCCAUGCUGGAGGACAGGCUGAAUGUGACUCAGUAUGGCGGUACCCCCAUGGGACAUCCCAAUAUUCAAACCCGCUCCGACAGGGGCUCACCCACCAAUGCCAUGGAGGCCCCUGUGCGGGACCUGUUUGACAGCCCCAUGAAGGGAGUCUGUGGCACCGCCCAGGCCGGCGAUGCCUUCUGUGGAAUGCCUCCCCCACUGGCCGCCCAGCCUUCCCUGGUGUCGGCCGCCUCGCAGCAGGCUGUGACGGCCGACAGCUGUCCCUGGGACUCCUCUUCGUCAGACGAGGACGGCGCGCCGGCCCCGCAUCGCAGCUCGCCUGAGAUCGAGGUGGGUGCUCCCCGGCACGUCCACGGCGCUUCCACGGGCGGAGUGGAGGGCUCCACUUCACUACACCAGGCACAGCAAGGGACGCUGGCCGCAAGGCCGGCCCCGGUGCCCGGGACCGCCGCCGUCGAGGAGCGUCACCUGCGCUCCGAGAUCGCCGCUCUCAACCGCAAGCUCGAGCGGGGCGGCGAGUCGCUGUGCAAGGCCACCCACGCCAUUCGCGUGCUGCACUUCAAGCUCCAGCGCGAGCGACAGAGCGUGGCCCGCCUGCAGGCCGACAAGUGCAUGCUCCAGUCGCGGCUGCUGGCGGCCCUGGGCGAGGCCGUGGAGGCCGAGGGCGGGCUUGCGGGGCACGGCCCCCCGACAUCCAAGCAGCUGCAGGAUUCCGACACUUUGCCGCCGGAAAUCGACGACCAGGAGGCCGACGCCGAAGCCGCUUGCCUGCGCGCCGAGCUGGCGCGCGAGCGCGCCGCGCUGGCGGAGGCGAGGCGGGAGCGCGACGAGGCCAGGCGCGCCGCCGACCGCGCCGCCGAGCACGCCGCGCGGACCACGGAGGCGCUGAUGGCCGCGCGGGAGGCGGCGGCGGACGUGCGGCGGCGCGGUGGGGCAUGUCCUGGGAUGGAGGACUGCGUGGGUCGUCAGGUGCGGGGCGCGGCGCCCUCCACGGACCCUGCGGCGGUCGGGCCUCGGGACGAGAGCGAGGUCCGCGCCGGCGAUCCGGCCACGCUGGGUGAGGCCACGGCGUCGGAGGCCGCGGCGCUGCGCGCCGCGCUGAGUGCUGCGCGGGCCGCGGAGCGCGAGGCGCUGGCCUCCGCGGGCGGCGCGCUGGGGAGGGCCGAGGCCCUGGCCUCCGCGCUGGAGGCUGCGAGGGGAGAGCUUGCCGGGGCGCAGGCCAGGACCUCGGAGCUGCAGGCCGCGCUGGAGGCGGCGCGCGCCGACGUGGCGCUGGCCGCCGAUCUGCAGGGAGGCCUGCGGGGCGGAGACCGCGGCGCCGAUGUCGUGGGUGAGUCAGGCCUGAUCGACGCGGUGCAGGCGCUGCAGGUCCGCAACCGGGGCCUCACGGCCGCGCUGGAGGCCAGCACGGAGGCCUCCUCGCGCGGCGCCGAGCGGCUGGAGCGCCUGGGCGAGCGCUGCGCGGCGGCCGAGGCGGCUGCGGAGCGGGAGCGCGAGCGCGCGGAGCGCACGGCCGCCCUGCUCGAGGCCAAGGCCGCCGAGCUGGAGGCGCAGGCGGCGCACGCGGCCGGCGCACGCGCGGAGCUGCGGGCGGCGGAGGACGCGGCGACCGCACGGGCGACCGCGUUUGCCGACCUGGAGGGGCAGGUGGCCAGCUACCAGGGCAUGCUCGCGUCGCAGGAGGCAAUCCUCAAGCGCACCGUGGCCGCCCUGACCAGCCUGAGGAAGCGGGCGGGCGACGACGCGGCCAGGCUGGCAACGCUAAAGGGGGCGGCCGGCGAGGCCGAGGCCCUCCGCAAAGCCUCCGGCGCACGCGAGCGGGAACUUGGAGACUGCCGCGAAGCCAGGCGGGUGGCCGAGGCGGCGUGUGCCGCGGCCGAGGCGCGCGCGCUGCGCCUGGAGGGCGCGCUCUCCCGCCUGGCGGCCGAGCUCGCCUCCGGGCAGGACGCGCUCCUGUCGGCGCGGCGCGAGGGCGCGGAGGCGCUGGAUGCGCGCGCCGCGCUGGAGGCGCGGCUGGAGGAGGGACGGGCGCGGGGUGCCGAGCUGGAGGCGAGAGUAUCACGCGCGGAGGGCAGGGCCGCCGAGCUGGAGGGCGCGGCGGCUGCGCUGCGCCUGUUGGCCCAGGCGCACGGCUAUGUGUUCGAAGAGGCGGUGGACGCCGGGGCUGCAACGUGCGCAGAGGGGCCAGGGAGGUAUGCGAGCUCGGAGGACGCAGAACUCUGUCCACUGAAAUCCGCGGUCAGGCACCUGGACCGCGCGCUCGCCGCCGCGCUGGCCGGGCGAUGCGAGGCGGAGACGGAGCGCGAGGCUUCCCGUCGUGCCCUCGCCGCCGCCGAGCGCAAGCUGGCCGAGGCGCGGGCGGAGGCCGAGGGCCUGCGCGGCCGGGCGGCCGAGUCGUCUGCCGCCGCCGCCGCCGCGGGCGCCGACAUGGCGCUGCUGGAGGCCCAGGCGGGGACGCUGCGACGCGAGCUGGAGUUCUUAGGGCUGCAGUUGGCUGAUGCCAGGGAGGAAGGCGAGGCGGGCGCCUCGCGGGCCGCCGCCGAGGCGCUCGAGCGCGCCGCACAUCAGCAGGUGGUGGUGGGCGGCUCACGCGACGCCGCGCAGGUCGUGGCCGAGCUGCAGCCGGGGAUUCGGGCCCAGGAGGAGCUCCUGGCGGCCAUGGGCCUGGACAGGGUGUGGCAGGCCCUGGUCGGCCUGGCCGGCAGGAAGACCCCGGCACGCAGCGGGUGCAGGAGCGGGACCCCCCCCGCGACGCCCUGCUCCGCACCCAGCGCGUCGGGUUGGCGAGCCCUGUCCCAGCCCCCGCUGGAGAGCCUGGCGCUCCUCGCGGCCGACGUGGCAUGGGUGCUGGGCGAACACCCGGCCUCGCUCGCCGCUGCUGGCAGGGAGGGCGCUCCCGACCCGGAGACCACCGUCGCCGUGCUCAUCGAGGCGGUCAGGAGCCUGAUGCAGCGCCACAGGGGUGUGCUCCGCCUGCUGCGCGGUCAGGGCCGCGUCAACGAUCGGAAUCUGGCCGACUCCGCGUCGCAGGCAGUGUCCAUCGGCCGCCAUGCGUGCACGGCUGGGGCUGACCAAUGUCGCUCGCCCCCGGCCCGCCCCUCGUCCCACCGCGGCCUGGUCCGCGAGAGGCGGGGCCGGCGCGAGCGGGAGCGCCCUGCGGGGCUGGACGCCCACUCGCACGUCAAGCAGGGCCUGGACCGGCUGAUCAGGGCGGCGGGCGGCCCGGCCUGGGACGAUGCGGCACUGGGCUCCGGCAUCGAGUCCGAGGAGGAGGAGUGCAUUCCCCUGCGUAGGCGCUUUGCCACGCCCCCCGCCCAGGCCCUGACGUGA